UCGUUGGUCGUUUAUACUGACGCUAAGUCGUGAUUGAACAAAAUGUGGUUUAGCGCGUUAUCUUUUUUCGUUUUAGUAAUAAAUACGUGCAACGGAAUCAUCUAUCAUUUAAACGAUUCGGCUCAUCAGCGUAUGCCGCGUCUCUUCGACUUGGACCGUUACGACUCCUGUCUGGCGAGUGACCAUGGCUUGUAUUGUGUCUUAAGAGUUGAUUUGUUUGCAGAUGAACAAAACGAACUCAUGAACCAAAUUAAAGAAUACUCCGCAUAUACAGCUAAACAUUACAAUUACACGUACAUUGAUAGAGGCGUUUGCAUUACACAAACAUGUAAAGAAUUCGUUAAAGGGAGGGAUUUAGAAAAAGAUGAUGAAAGAUAUGAAGUAAUCGAGGAAUGCCUGAAUACAACUAUGUUUAAACAAUACGGAUUACAAGCUAAUGUUACACAGAUAUACAAUUGUGAUAAACAUAAUGAAAAAGCACAAAUUGAUGCCACAGAUUGGAUAUUUGUUGCAAUGAUAGCUGCUUUAGUGUUUGUGGUCCUUUCAGCCACUUUAUAUGAUGCGAUGCAUACUAGACUUAGUGAAUCCAAAGAUAAUAUACGUAAUGAAGGUGAAUUUCAAAUUGAAUCGUUUUUAGAAAUUACUUGUUGA